AUGAAUGAUUUUUCCAAACAAAAUUUAACAUUAUCCAAUACCAAUCAAUUCAACUUUAAAAAGCAGCAUGUGUUUAUUAGCGGGGGACUAGGUACAGGCAAGACUACUUUAUUUAAUUUAUUAAAAAAUUAUGUAGAACCAAAAGCAGAUGCAUGUUUUAUAAAGGAAUAUAUUAAUUACGACUCAAAGGGAGAGGAAUACUUAGAACAACUAUUUAAUAAAGAAUUAACCAAUUAUCGUUUUCAACUCUACAUAAUAGACUGUUACGAAGAACAACUUAAUACACCAGAAUACGAAGCAGCAGAUUUAAUUGUUUGGGAAAGACAUCCAAUGGAAUCAUUAUAUAUAUUUUGCAAUUCAGAACACGAAUUGGCCGAUGCAGAAAAAUUCACUCUUAAAAUGAAACUAGAAAGGUUAUGCGAAAAAUAUCAAAUACCCCAUAUUUAUGAUGCAGAAUUCCAAUUAUUAAAUUUAGAUACUUCAACACUUUCAAUAGAUUCUACUUUUAAUUAUCUUAUGCUCGAAUACAUCUAUCCAAUUUUACUUGGAGAAAUGGAAGGAGAUAUAUUUAUUUUAUUGUAUUGCAGUGAUUUAAAAGAACAGUUUGAUAGAGUUAUCAAUAGAGGUAGAAUUUCCGAAUGUAAUCAUUAUAAAGAGAAAGAAGAUUUACUCCCAGUUAAUUCAGCAUAUGAUGAUUUAUUCUUCAAAUUGAUAAACACUAGAUAA